AGAUAGAAAAAGAUCCGAAACCCUUUAUGGUGGAUUAAUAAAAGAAGUUAAGGACGAUAAAGAGAGAAAAUCUUGUAUUAUUAGAGAUUUGCUUUAUAAAGUAGACGAUGGAGUAUUGGAUGAACUAGAUAUUAUUCACAUUAUCAGCAAUUUAUUUUCGGCGGGAACUGAUACGGUUUCAGCGAGUUUGACCCGGAUCACCGCAGCCUUAGCCAACAAUCCUCAAGUCCAAUUCAAAGCUCAUCAAGAACUCGAUCAAGUAAUUGGCCAAUCUCGUCUACCAAACAUAUUUGAUGAACAAAAUAUCCCUUACAUACGCGCAAUCGUCAAAGAAGGUCAAAGAUACUGUGGACCAAUUUAUUUGG